AGCUCGUUAGGAAAACUAAAAAUGCCUGUUUUCGGUGGAGGGGGAGCCGGAUAGAGUGAAGUUAGUAAUCAAUAAACGCUGUACUGUCAUUUAAAUGGCGUAAUUUAUUUUAUUUUAUUAUCCCUGUGUCUUGCAUUCUCGAUUGCCUUGCUAGUACACACCCAUGGACAUUCCAAAACAAGCGAGCAGAUUGAACUUAUCAAAAACGCCAACUGGUAACAAUUUCUACGGUUCGACACCUGGCGGUACAAAGAUAGUUUACAGUAGAGACCAGUUGUUGUCCUUGGCUAGCAGCCCACUCUCUCAUACACCUCCUAAGGGUCUCAGUCACUUCCCAGCCGCUAUGUCACGUUCUGAGCACAAACCGGUUGAGCUAGCACAACCAGGAAAGGAAGCGACGAAAACUAACGAGGAUACUACAUUCGAAAUGGAUGACUAAGAUACCUGUUGUUGUACACUUUGUAAUAUUUCCCUAUAUUUCUCCUUAUCCAUACCAGAUGCGUAGGUAUUUCUCGAGUGCUUGGACGGACCCUUAACUUUGUGUUCUAAAAGGAGUUUCGAGACUCUCUUUUUACCAAAAGCACGCUCCAAUAAGUGUAUCUCCUUCUUAUCCUUCUUGUUCAAUCCAGACUUUAUUUGUUUGUACUCGUUGAGUGACUGAGUCGUUGAUUCAAGCACCCGCCUAGCUUCAUCCUCAGCGUCUGCAGACGGUUGAUUCUGCUUUAUGAGAUGUUCAGCUACCAAUAUUGACCAUGGCUUAUCGAUUUCUGCGUUACGCUCUACGUAUGGCUUCAAAACGUGUUCUUCUUUGUGGAAAUUAGCUGGUGCAACGAAGACUCUAGCUUUUUUAUCGUCUAUAAUGAAAGUAUUGCUUGAUUUUCCUGCAUGUUUACCGACAGGGCCAGUUCUGUAUCCAUCAAUAUAACCCGUUCUUGUACCUUUAUAAUACUCUUUAUUACCACCUUUAGUCGUUAAUUGCGUACGUCUAGCGCCUAAUCUAACAAAACUCGAAAACAUCCUGGUAGAUC